AUGAUCGACAAGAGGGAUAAAUUUGGAAGCAUCAGUCCAUUUGCCAUCGUACAAUGCAUCUCAGAGAACUGUGAGCGUAUUCGGCAAAGGCGUGAAGUGUCGUGCCCAAACCCAGGCUCUGUUGCCGAUAUUAAUAUUCCUGUUGCACUACAAGUCACUUCAAGAAAUCUAAAUUUCUUGUUAUGGGAUUCCGGACAGAAUGAUCCUCAUCGCAUCUUCAUGUUUGGUACUAAAGAAAAUUUGGAAGUUUUAGAGGAGCACCGGCACUGGCACGUAGAUGGAACCUUUAAAGUAGCCCCACAAUUAUUUUUACAAAUAUUUACCAUUCAUGCAUUGGUAGAUAACCGUUCUAUUCCGUUGAUUUACGUGCUUCUACAGGAUAAACGAGAAGAAACAUAUGUUCGAGUGUUUCAAAAAUUGAUGGAGUUGAAACCCACUUUAAAUCCAAUAAGCUGCUUAUCCGACUUCGAGAAAGCGAUCCAAAAUGCAGUUUGCCAGGUAUUUCAUGGUGUUCAGGUGAUGGGUUGUUUAUUCCGCUUAGGGCAGUGUUUAUGGAGUAAAAUCCAAGAGCUACAUCUUGUAGAAGAAUAUCGCAAUGACGAAAAUGUGAGAAUGCAUUUGAAAAUGUUACUAGCGUUAUCUUUUGUCCAAGAGGGCGACGUAAUCACUGCUUUUGAGGAGCUAACCGAAAGCUGUCCACGAGAAAUUGAUGCAGUCAUCGAUUACUGGGAAGAUACUUAUAUAGGACGGCAAAGAAGAAAUCGGAGAGCAGAUCCAAAAUUUCCUAUUCAUGUAAGGAAUGUUCAUGAUAGAGUGCACCAGGGCCUUCCGCGUACAAACAACUCUGUAGAAGGAUGA